AUCUGUUUCCGGAAAUUUGAUAUUGCAUAUUGCCAAAUCAAAUUUCCAAAUAAACAAAAAAACUUAACGGUUUGAAAAACAACUUCUAUCAAAGGUGAGAUGCUAAGCCCUUGUGAAACUCUUUGUUUUUCUAUUAUUAGACUAAAUCGAAGUUUAAUUUCAGUUAAAUUUAAAGUUAUACAGUAAAUAACAGCUAUGGGAUUAGCUUCUAUCUUGGUAUCCGUUUUCGUUUCAAAUGGUUUGGGCUUUCUUUGGUGGUCUCCCGGAUUAUUUGGAAAAAUUUGGGCUGAAUGUUGCUAUCCAGGAAAGUCGUUUGACGAAAUUGGAAAAGAUUGCUCCCCAUACGUUCAUCUCUCAGCCGGAAUUGCCCAUGCUGCCGUAGCGUUGCUUAUUCAGCUCUUAAUGGCGAUGCUGCAUUUAGGCUCCCUAUCUACCUUGAUAUGCUUAAUCGGAGCUCUAAGUGGAAUUGUUAUAAUGACGCAGAUACCACAUCAUUUAUACGGAGGAAAGCAUAUUAUUUCUUGGUUUAUUGAACAAGGAUACGAUUUGAUGAAAAUUAUAUUCACCUGCGUUAUUAUCUAUUAUCUAGAUUAUGUUCUAAAACUUCCUUUCUAGAUGACGAAUUUCCGAUCAUAAAAAGCAGCGAUACUUCCUAACAAAGAAACACAAUUAGCAGGCUACUUUUUUUAUAUGAUUAAACGAUUAUUAUAUCUUGCCAUUUUUUUUUAAUAAAGUAAAAAUAGCAUCUUAAA